AUGUUGGUUAAACCACACAACCCUCCACGUAAAGCCUGGCUUUUCCCUUGUGUUGCAAUACCAACAAGCUGCGCUCUUAGGCGGUACUUUUGCUGAAUGCCGUUCGCUGGUCUCCCAAGCUUGACGUCGACGCAACGUGUUCAUGGAGCUGCUGGUGUCGGUUCUGCUGCUGGGCGCACAGAGCGAGGCCUGGUGCCGGCGAGGCUCUCCGUGGUGCUUAAGGCUCUGAACAACCAGCGGAGUCAUGUCGAAGAGGAGUUGCUGCGGAUGCAGCAGCAGCUGGCGCACGAUGACGAAAAGCAUGCGCGUCAGCAUUCACGCAGCCAGCGUGGAGACGCGGGCGCGCACCACCACGUCUUUGUGGACACGGUGCACCACCCGCACCAUCCGCACCCACAGCGCCACGUUCACCACGACGCGCACGCCCAACCGCAACGCAUCGACCACCAUGACCACCACCACCACGCCGCGCAGCUUCCCUCCCCCGCCCAGCGCAGCCACGCCGACCACGAGCUCGCCAGCGCGGUGGAGCUGAGCUACCAGUACUCCACCAACGGCGCGGUGGAGCUGGUCGGCAACAUCGUGGCCGCGCCCGACCUGCUCCACAGCUCCGAUGCGCUCCACGUCCAGCACCCUCAGCACCCUCAGCACCCUCAGUACCCUCAGCACCCUCCGCAACCCCCCGAGCACUUCGGCGACAAGGGCAUGCCCAUCACCCCGGUAUCCCGGCCGCCCAUGUUGUACGCGCGCGUGCUGGACUACGACGCCAGCUCCACACUCGCACGCGACAUCACGGGCGCGCUGCUGCGCGGCGACAAGCUGCUGCUGGAGCUGCCCGACGAGCCCGGCACCGUGUCCACGCUGCUGACGGCGCUGGGCCACGCGAGCGCGAAGCUGGCGGCGGCAGGCCUGGCGACGGCGCUGGACCCGGUGUGCGACCCCGCGGCCUUCGCCGCCGGCGCCUGCGCCCUGGGCGUGCUGCACAUCAGCCCCGGCGCCAGCAGCAGCCCAGGCGGCAGCCCCGCAUCCAGCCACUCCGGCAUCCACUCCGCCGCCGCAGGCAGCGGCAGCCCCAGUGCCGUAGGCGGCGGCGGCGGCGGCUCGCCGACUGCCUCCUAUGACGGCGGCGCCGGCCCGGGCGGCAGCGGCAGCGGCAGCAGCGGCCGCUCCUCCCACCGCACCAACCCCGACUGCUGCUUCGUGCUGUGCGCGCGCGGCGUGCCCAUCCCGCCCGCCGCCGCCUCGCCCGCCGCGCCGCCCGCCGCCGCCGCCACCUCCAUCUACACGGUGGGCAGCAGCAUGGGGCAGCAGGUGCUGCGCGUGGGCCCCGCCGCCAACACGCACGCGCUGCUGAGUGCGCUGCUGCGGGCCGUGCUGCGUGACGGCAUGGUGACGCUGCGCACCACCUGGUUCGACGAGGAGAUCGAGGCCGACUGCUGGAGCGACGACGAGGAGUGCGCCGGCGAGGGCCUCAGCGCCGAGCCGCCGCACACGCCGCAGGCGCAGCAGCAGCAGCAGCAGCAGCAGUAUCAGCAGCAGGCGGCGUACAGCGGCGGCGGAAGCGUUGCGGUGGCGGCUGUGGCGGACGGCGAGGACGCGCUGGUGGCGGCGGUGACGGCGGCGGUGGCCAGCGGCAUGGCCGUGCAGGCCGGCGGCAGCGGCAACGGCGACGGACAGGCCGCGGUGGCGCAGUUCUCGCCGCUGGCAUCCUUCGACCAGUUCUACGAGCACGAGCACCACCACAACCACGCCUACCACCCGCCGCAGCCGGCGCCGCGCCAGCCCGCGCCGCAGCCGGCGGCGCAGCAGGCCAUGCAGGAUAACCACCACAACCACCACCACAACGGCCACAACGGCCACAACCACCACCACGCGACAGGGCCCUCCGGCGCCGGCCGCCUGCUCGGCUCGCCCAGCCCCUCCUUCUCCCCCACCGCCUCCUUCUCCCCCACCGCCUCCUUCGAGCUCGGCCACGGCCACGGCCCUGCCUCCUCCUCCUCGUUCUCCUCCUCGGCCGCCGGCCCCGGCAUGCUGCGGCCCGCCGCCCCCGCGGGCAGCCUGGUGCGUGUGCCGCCGGUGCUUCGGGCGCUGUUCAAGCUGGACCGGCAGCUGCGCAGCCUGGACCUGGGCGGCCUCAUGAUCCUGCCGCACACCUUUGUGCGCCACCCGGGGGCCGGCCGCGAGAACUCGCCCGUGCUGUACCUGGACGUGGUCAUCGCCUGAGAGGGAGGCAGGGGUGCACGUGGUCAUCGCCUGAGGAGUGAGGGAGGGGUGCACGUGGUCAUCGCCUGAGGCAGGGGUGCACGUGGUCAUCGCCUGCGGCGUGAGGGGGCUGGAGGGGGUGGAGGGCUGGAGGGGGUGCACGUGGUCAUCGCCUGAGAGGGAGGGGGUAGGAGCGCAGGGCGUGGAUGGAUGCAGAUGAGAAGGGGUUGGUGUAGGCCCCGGCGCCGGUUUGAGGCGAGGUGUAGGAAUCGUUGCUGUUGUUGCAUCGUUGGCAGGGCAUGGAUGUUGUAUUUUGUAUGAGCGGCUGCCCGGCUCCAAUCGGGGCUAGUUGCACGGCACACGAGAUUUGGUUAUUUGGAGAGAGUGCGAAGCGGAGGAGGUGCGCGUCGCGCUGUGGAUGGCGAGGCGCAAUGUCGAGGGACAAUUUCAUCUGAGCGGCCGGCGGAAGCCAAGGAAGGAAAAGGUCAGCGGCGUCAGCCCAAAGCCGCCAACUGCACAUAGGAAAGGCGGCGUGUUGGCGACCUGAGCCUGAAACCGGGUACGCAGAGCAACACGUGUCCGGCGCUUGCAUACAGGAUAUACAGUGCGUCUUCCCUGCGUGCGUGUGUGCGUGUGCGUGCCGUGCGAGUUUGGUGUGUGUGUGUGUGUUAAAGAGCACAAGGAAAACGUUGCGCAAAGACAGUGCAUGCGAUGCAGUGUGUGUGUGUGUGUGUGUGUGUGUGUGUGUGUGUGUGUGUGUGUGUGUGUGUGUGUGUGUGUGUGUGUGUGUGUGUGUGUGUGUGUGUCUCAACAAAUUAUGCACACGGUGCUGUGAGUUUGUGUGUGCAUGGUCAGCAGCUCAAAGUGAGGAGGAGGGUUCUAUAAAAACAACAGGUGGAGCGAGCGCCCAGGGGGGCCUGGGGGAGUCGCACACAUCAAGCUCUGGCAUGGAGCGAGGCCCGCGGCGGCAAUCGCUGCGGGGACCAAGCUCAGUAUGCACUGUCGCAAAUUUUGUUUUGGCCUACGUACUGAAAGCAGGCUAGGAAGAUUACCAUUUUGGAAAGUGCAGGCACGUGUUAGUGCGGAAGGGUUUUAAGCCCCGUCAGGCUGGUGGGCCCUUUGUGAGAGGGUGUCCGAGUGUGGAGGAGCGGGGAGCACAGGGUGGUUUGGUCUGGCCAAGCAUAUGGCUAGCUCUGGAGGAUGCAUGAGCAAGGAGGCAGGCGAGCGGAGCGCGCAUGGGCUCGACAACAGAAUGUGCCGCUGGCGGUAAGGCGCGGGCGCACGAACAGAGCCUCACACGUCGCUGCCGCUGUGGUUGUGUGCAGACGCCUUGAGUCCCUCCCUUAGUGAGGGACAGCAGAAGAGAAAUUAAUUGCAGAAGAGAAUCAUCGUGAGUGUGGUAAAGUGCGUGCCACACUGACAUGGUGCAUUGUUGCACGUUUGCGGUGCGUGGGAGUUUGCUGCGCCUGCAGAAGCCCGCACAAAAGUUUCAUGGUUUUGAUGCCAGCGCCCCUGGGGCAGACCUGGUGAAUCUUUUUUGGUUCGUUGGUGGGUGAGUAUUGCGUGGCAGUGAGGAGCUCGGAGCAAGCCGAAGAUGGGGGGGAGGGGCUGUGCAAGAGGGGAAGCAUGAGACACGGUUGGUGGGCAGCACGGCAGAGCAGUGCACGCUGGUCGAAAGAGCAGAUGUACGUGUAUGCUGCGUGGCGUUGGGCGACAAGCAGCGCGCUUGAACAGACGACGCCAGAAGAAGAAGAAGAAGUGCGGCAAGGUGGCGGCGUCAAGAGGACAUGUACCCAUAUAUGCUGCUGUCACUUCACUUCAUGCCCGAGCAGUGUACACUUCAAAUCGACGGCAGCGGGCUAGAGUCACUCGUCCCGCGCUUGCUGCGUGUGUGCGUGCCGCUUUGUGCAUGUCGUUUGUAUGUGCCGUAAAGUUUUGUUGUACCUUGGUGGUGGGUGACGUCGGCAUGUGGUGCGUGGGCGACAUGCCGAGUGGCGGGCCUGGCGAAACACUGCGGCCCGUGGGCAUUGCCACAAUAAUGUGUGAGGUGUGUAUGCAGGUCGGUUGCUCUCAGGCGCCGGUAUGCUGUAUGGAGGGCAGGGGUUUUACGCCUGAGCCGUGUUCCUGAAGGCGACGCAGCGGCCAUGCGACAUCGGAUAAGGUGCGCGCACAGGAGAGUACAGCUGGCCUUGCCUGCGUGUGUGUUUCGAAGAGUGCUACCAUGUAUGGUCUGGAUGGCACUGGCAUUGCCAAAAAAAUACGGUUGGCAGAGCAAGCACGCGCGGCCCAUGAUUUAGAUGUUGAUAGAGGGCCUGACAAUAUCAGAUGCGUUGCUCAUGCGGGCAUUGGAGUUGACAAGUUGCUGUUGAUGGUUGGCGGGGAGGCGGCGAGGCAUCACAGCGCCGGGCUCCUGGCAGUACAAGUUUUUGAUGCACUGUACUGCACACGAUGGAGACGAUGGAUUCUGCCACACACAACACAAGCAGGCAUCCAGUCCACAACAUCCUAGCUAGUUACGGUAUUAUUGGUAUGGUGAUGUGAGGGAGGAGGAGGAGGACGAGGACGAGGACGAGGACGGGGAGCAAGGUGCAUAGGUUUGCCUUGGGCUCAUUGGGUUGUGGUGGGCUGCAGGUAUUAUGGGCCCUGCGAAGCCGGGGCCCUGCGAAACAAGCUGUAACGCCUGGUGUAU